AUGUCUGAAACUCCGCAAUUUAAUGAACUCGAGGAGCUUUAUAAAGAUUUAGAAGCACUUGAAGAAGAUCUUGAGGAUCUUAAGAAGAAAUUAACCGACUCGGGUAGCCACCAAAAACCUGUUCAGGGUAUUUUUGCACACGAGACAGAACCGACUAGAUUUGUUCGCCAUCGAGUAUUGAUCAAUCGUGUGAUUGAAGAAGAGCUCAAGCUCAAACGUAUUAUUGAAGGAGAGGGCAAGCUCAAAACCCUUCACCCAAUGGAUGAGGACUUGGACAAAUGGCAUAAUGAUAAAGAGCUCAUCGACUCUAUGGCGGAAGCGGAAGGCGUAACAUCGAUGAGAAUAAAGGAAAAUCUUGAGGGGGAGAUACAGGCAUUGAAGGAGCAGAUUUCGGACAAGGAGAAAGAAAUUGAGGACAAAAAGGAAGAGAUUAAGGCGGAGAAGUCUCUGACAAAGGAGCAGAUAGAGAAGCGAGGAAUCAAGCCAUAUAGGCUGUAG